AUGGGUCGUGCUUCCGAUCCAUAUAAGCAGGCACACAUGAAGACGAAUGUAGCAGUGGCUAAAACAGUUGUAGCACCUGCUGCUGUAGUCGCGACGCUGCUGCUGAUGCUCCCGCCAUUUGCUGGCGGCGGCGCCGCACUUGCUGCAACUGCAGCAACAGCCACUGGUCUGGGCAGUAACUGCACAAGGAGGUGCGGCAACAUCAGCAUCCCUUACCCAUUCGGCAUCGAGCUCGGCUGCUACCACGACACCGGCUUCAACCUUACCUGCAAGCAGAAGCACUCCCACCGUCAGCCACCCAACAAGCUGUUCCUCGGCGACGGCACCGUGCAGGUGCUGGACAUCUCUGUUGAACACAGCACGGUGCGCAUCUACAGCCCCGGCGUGCAGUUGCAGUAUGAUGGCAUCAGCACCGGCUGGACAUGGGGCCUCGGGCUCCCAGAGACCGGACCGUACUUCCUGUCGGAGUCAGCUAGCAUGCUCGAGGCGAUGGGGUGCAGCAUCCAGGUCAGCGUCCGAGGGGGACUGAAUGUCAGCCUGGUGAGUUCUUGCACUGCUAUCUGCCCCGUUAUUUUGUCCGACGAUGGUGGCGCUAGAUUUACGGUAGGAAAUGGCAGCUGCACUGGCAUUGGUUGCUGUCAGGCCAGCAUCGUUGUAGGCUACCCUUCCUACAGAAUCCAGAUUGACCCGGUUUCUUCUGGCACGCUCUCGAACAUUCCUGCUUCGGUAUUCAUAGUCGACCAGAGUUACUUUUUUAAUUCGAUUGGAGAACAAAUAACUGGAUCGCUUACGACGGCUACACUAGACUGGAUAAUUAGUACUUCGACAUGUCCUACAAAUAUGACCGCCCCAGAAUGUCUCAGUGACCACAGCUAUUGCCAAGAUUCCUCUUCCUUGGGCCAUGGUGGGUAUACAUGUCAAUGCGCAGAUGGUUAUCAGGGUAAUCCUUAUGUUCAAGGUGGAUGCCAAGAUAUAGACGAGUGCAAAUAUCCCGACCAAUAUGUUUGCUAUGGUGUUUGCAAGAAUACACCUGGAAGUUUUAUUUGCCAAUGCAACACUGGCUAUACAGGCAAUGCUUCCAUCCCAAAUGCAUGCACAGACAUUGACGAGUGCAAGCACCAGGAAGCAUACUCAUGCUACGGGAUAUGCCAAAAUUUCCCUGGAAGUUUUCACUGCCAAUGUCCUGAAGGAAGCUCUGGAAAUUAUUCUACAAAAGGGGGAUGCAUUACAUUCAAUAACUCAUUUACAGGUUUAAGCAUCGGGCUGGGAGUCGGUGGUGGAACAAUUCUUUUGCUUCUAGCCAUUGGUGCUCCCUACAUAAUGCGUAAAAUCAAGCUUCAAAAGGUAAAGAAGAUGAAACAAAGAUUUUUCAAGCAAAAUCAUGGGCUGCUAUUGCAACAGUUAAUAUCACGAAGCACAGACAUUGGUGAGAGAAUGAUAAUUACCUUACGUGAUAUAGAGAAGGCAACAAAUAAUUUUGAUAGAGCUCGCAUCAUUGGUGGUGGAGGGCAUGGUGUCGUGUUUAAAGGAAUUCUAGAUCUACAUGUUGUGGCAAUCAAGAAGUCAAAGAUAGUAGUUCAACGAGAAAUCAAUGAAUUCAUAAAUGAAGUUGUCGUUCUUUCUCAAGUGAACCAUAGAAACGUGGUGAAGCUCUUAGGGUGUUGCCUUGAGACAGAAGUCCCAUUGCUAGUUUAUGAGUUCAUUUCAAAUGGAACCCUCUGUCAUCAUCUUCAUGUUGAAGGACCAGUGUCACUACCAUGGCACGAUCGGAUGAGGAUAGCAGCCGAGGUUGCCAAAGCGAUAUCCUAUCUGCAUGCAUCUGCUUCAAUGCCCAUAUUUCACAGAGAUAUUAAGUCAUCCAACGUACUUCUUGAUGAUGCUUUAACUGCAAAGGUUUCAGAUUUUGGAGCUUCUAGAUAUAUCCCAAUAGAUCAGACAGGAGUGACUACAGCAGUUCAAGGAACGAUGGGUUACUUGGAUCCAAUGUAUUAUUACAAUGGACGAUUAACAGACAAAAGUGAUGUUUUCAGUUUUGGUGUUCUUCUUGUAGAAUUGCUUACUCGAAAGAGACCAUAUGUGUAUAGGUCAGUUGAUGAUGAUGGUCUUGUUUCACAUUUUGUUUCACUGCUAGUAGAAGGUAAACUGGUUGACAUAAUUGAUCAUCAAGUUAUGGAGGAGGAAGGUGGAGAAAUCGAAGAAGUAGCCACGCUAGCAGCAAUGUGCACAAAAUUGAAGGGAGAAGAUAGGCCUACAAUGAGGGAAGUGGAGAUGGCCCUUGAAUGCCUGCUAGUUAAGAAGAGGCAAGUUCAAUAUAAUGGAACACGACAAACAAAUAGUGGGGAAAUUGCCGGUCCUUACAUGUCAACUGACCGAGGAACUAAGGAAGCUAGCAGGCAAUACACCAUGGAGGAGGAAAUGUUGUUAUCAGCGAGCUUUCCCAGGUGA